UCAUUUUCUACCACAUCCAUCUUCAUUUCACUCGCACUCCCGUCACUGUACAUGUCUCCGUCUCAAACAUAACCACUGUCAUACGGCAUGCUAAACCCUGAGAUGAACAAUCCACCCCAGUGGUUCCUAAUGUGGACACACCCACUUGCAUAUACAGGUAAAGGUAAAUCAGACAUGUGGGUGGGACACUGGCAGUGAUAGUGUGGAUGAUCAGACGGAGCAGACUGUCGCUGUCACUGAUGAGAACUGCAGUCAUGGCCCAUGUGAAAGUAGGAGAAGAUCCAAUGGGGAGCCUCCAGAAUUCUUCAGAAGCUUACUCUGACACAGCGACUGUCAGCUCCACUGCUGCAGAUAUAGGAGAAUCCGUGAGGAGGGGGCCCUUGUGUGAGACCACCAUGGCUGGCAGCCUGAGCCGGCAGAGCAGGACUUACCCCUCCCCGGCUCGGAGACGCCAUCGCACCACUUUUAGCCACAAGCAGCUGGAGCAGCUGGAGGUGGCCUUUGGACAAAACCAGUACCCUGACAUCUACUACAGAGAGGAGCUGGCCCGUAUCACCAUGCUGAAUGAGGCGCGUAUACAGGUGUGGUUUCAGAACAGAAGAGCCAAGCAGCGCAGACAGGAACGGGCAUCUUCCAAAAAAGUGCUCCCAGUGAGCCACAGAACACUGCUGGGCAACGUGCACAUCCAGUCGUGUGGGAUGGCUCGGCAGUACUACACCCAACCGCUGGCACACAUCCCGCGCCUGCCCUCCAUGUUGCCAUCCAGGCCAUACUCCCCACACCCGCACCCAGGCCCAGUCACCCCUUCUCCCUUCUCCACUGUCACACCACAGCCAGCCUCCCACCGCCAGCAGGACAACUGGUACAGCCCUCUGAGGAGCAACAUUACUUCAUCCAUGUUCUCCCUGGCCUCCAUCCAGCCUCUGGACCCCACACCUCACUGGAGUUAAAAAGCAGUUAAAGCUCUUUAAAUUUAUUUUUAUCAGAUGUUCAUUUACAGAAAAGUCGGUUGUUCUGAGUUUUCAUGUUCACCCAAAUUCACAGUGACCUAGUAAAAGCCUUUUUGGGGGCAAAUUUCACUUUAAAAAUA